UUUGGAAGAGCACAGGAACAGCCUGUAGGGAAACAGUCAGGAAAGCAUCUGGCGGGAGCGGGAGCUCCUGGACUUGCGUGUGCCUGUGAGGCCGAGUGGUUGCCCGCACCACCUCCUACCCACCUCGUCAGCACUAGCCCUAAACAGGGAUGGCGGUCCCUCUCCCUCUGUCUCGGUGCCCAAGCGCUGGGAGCGGAGCCAGUGGACGGAUAAGAUGGACUUGCGGUUUGGUUUUGAGAGGCUGAAGGAGCCCGGGGAGAAGACGGGCUGGCUCAUCAACAUGCAUCCCACUGAGAUUUUAGAUGAAGACAAACGUUUAGUCAGUGCAGUGGAUUACUACUUUAUUCAAGAAGAUGGAAGCAGAUUUAAGGUGGCGUUGACCUAUAAGCCAUAUUUCUACAUUGCAACCAGGAAGGGUUGUGAACGAGAAGUUUCAUCUUUUCUCUCCAAGAAGUUUCAGGGUAAAAUUGCUAAAGUGGAGACUGUUCCCAAAGAGGAUCUGGACUUACCAAAUCACUUAGUGGGUUUGAAGCGAAAUUACAUUAAACUGUCCUUUAACACCGUGGAGGACCUUGUCAGAGUGCGGAAGGAGAUAUCCCCUGCCGUGAAGAAGAGCCGAGAGCAGGCCCACGCCAGCGACGCCUACACGUCCAUGCUCUCGAGUGUUCUGCAAGGGGGCAGUGUAAUCACGGAUAAAGAGGACUCCACUAAGAAGGUAGCUGACCAAAUGGACAACAUAGUGGACAUGCGCGAAUAUGAUGUCCCGUACCACAUCCGCCUCUCCAUCGACCUGAAGAUCCAUGUGGCUCACUGGUACAAUGUCAGAUACCGGGGAGACGCCUUUCCAGUGGAAAUCACGCGCCGAGAUGACCUCGUCGAACGGCCUGAUCCUGUAGUUUUGGCAUUUGACAUUGAAACAACCAAAUUACCUCUCAAGUUUCCUGAUGCAGAGGCGGACCAAAUCAUGAUGAUUUCCUACAUGAUUGAUGGUCAGGGCUACCUGAUCACUAACAGGGAGAUUGUUUCAGAAGAUAUUGAAGAUUUUGAGUUUACCCCCAAGCCAGAAUAUGAAGGGCCGUUUUGUGUCUUCAAUGAACCUGACGAGGUUCAUCUGAUCCAGAGAUGGUUUGAGCAUGUCCAGGAGACCAAGCCCACCAUCAUGGUGACCUACAACGGAGAUUUUUUUGACUGGCCGUUUGUGGAAGCCAGAGCUGCAGUGCACGGGCUGAGUAUGCAUCAGGAGAUAGGGUUCCAGAAGGAUAGCCAGGGGGAAUACAAGGCCCCCCAGUGUAUACACAUGGACUGCCUCAGGUGGGUCAAGAGAGACAGCUACCUCCCCGUGGGCAGCCACAACCUCAAGGCGGCAGCCAAGGCCAAGCUGGGCUACGACCCCGUGGAGCUGGACCCCGAGGACAUGUGCCGCAUGGCCAGCGAGCGGCCCCAGACCCUGGCGACAUACUCCGUGUCGGACGCCGUUGCCACCUACUACAUGUACAUGAAGUACGUUCACCCCUUCAUCUUCGCGCUCUGCACCAUCAUUCCCAUGGAGCCCGAUGAGGUGCUACGGAAGGGUUCCGGAACUCUGUGUGAAGCCUUGCUGAUGGUCCAGGCUUUCCACGCCAACAUAGUCUUCCCCAAUAAGCAGGAGCAGGAGUUCAACAAGCUCACCGAUGACGGCCACGUGCUGGACGCAGAGACCUACGUCGGGGGCCACGUGGAGGCCCUCGAGUCAGGUGUCUUCCGCAGCGACAUCCCCUGCCGGUUUAAGAUGAAUCCUGCCGCCUUCGACCUCCUGCUGCAGCGGGUCGAGAAGACGAUGCGCCAUGCCAUUGAAGAGGAGGAGAAGGUGCCCGUGGAGCGUGUCACCAACUUCCAGGAGGUGUGCGAUCAGAUUAAGACCCAGCUCACUUCCCUGAGGGAUGUCCCCAACCGGAUCGAGUGUCCACUCAUCUAUCACCUGGACGUGGGAGCCAUGUACCCCAACAUCAUCCUCACUAACCGGCUGCAGCCCUCUGCCAUGGUGGACGAGGCAACCUGUGCUGCCUGCGACUUUAACAGGCCAGGAGCGAACUGCCAGAGGAAGAUGGCCUGGCAGUGGAGGGGCGAGUUCAUGCCCGCCAGUCGCAGUGAGUUCCAUCGCAUCCAGCACCAGCUGGAGUCUGAGAAGUUCCCUCCUUUGUUCCCGGAGGGGCCAGCCCGGGCGUUUCACGAGCUGUCUCGGGAGGAGCAGGCGAAGUAUGAGAAGAGGAGGCUGGCAGAUUACUGCCGGAAAGCGUACAAAAAGGUCCACGUCACCAAGGUGGAGGAGCGCCUCACCACCAUCUGCCAGCGGGAGAACUCCUUCUACGUGGACACGGUGCGCGCCUUCCGGGACCGGCGCUACGAGUUCAAGGGGCUCCACAAGGUGUGGAAGAAGAAGCUGGCUGCAGCCAUGGAGAAAGGCGACGCGGCUGAAGUGAAGCGCUGCAGGAACAUGGAGAUCCUCUACGACUCCUUGCAGCUGGCCCACAAGUGCAUCCUCAACUCCUUCUACGGCUAUGUCAUGCGGAAGGGGGCCCGCUGGUACUCCAUGGAAAUGGCCGGCAUCGUCUGCUUCACGGGAGCCAACAUCAUCACCCAGGCCCGGGAGCUGGUGGAGCAGAUCGGGAGACCCUUGGAGCUGGACACAGAUGGAAUAUGGUGUGUCCUGCCCAAUAGUUUUCCAGAAAAUUUUGUCAUCAAGACCACUGAUGCGAAAAAGCCCAAGGUGACCAUCUCCUACCCUGGGGCCAUGCUAAACCUCAUGGUCAAGGAAGGUUUCACCAAUGACCAGUACCAGGAGCUUGCCGGGCCCUCCUCCCUCACCUACGUCACCCGCUCCGAGAACAGCAUCUUUUUUGAAGUCGAUGGGCCCUACCUUGCCAUGAUCCUGCCCGCCUCCAAGGAAGAAGGCAAGAAGCUGAAGAAGAGAUAUGCUGUAUUCAAUGAAGAUGGUUCCCUGGCAGAGCUGAAGGGCUUUGAGGUCAAGCGUCGUGGGGAACUGCAGCUGAUUAAAAUCUUCCAGUCCUCGGUGUUUGAGGCCUUUCUCAAAGGCAGCACGCUGGAAGAAGUGUACGGCUCAGUCGCCAAAGUAGCCGACUACUGGCUGGAUGUGCUGUACAGCAAGGCAGCCAACAUGCCUGAUUCCGAGCUGUUUGAACUGAUCUCUGAGAACCGUUCCAUGUCGCGGAAGCUGGAAGAUUACGGGGAUCAGAAGUCCACCUCCAUCAGCACAGCCAAGCGCUUGGCCGAGUUCCUGGGAGACCAGAUGGUAAAGGAUGCAGGACUGAGCUGCCGCUACAUCAUCUCCCGCAAGCCUGAAGGGUCUCCUGUCACGGAGAGGGCCAUCCCACUCGCCAUCUUCCAAGCGGAACACACGGUGAGGAAGCACUUUCUCCGGAAAUGGCUUAAAAGCUCUUCCCUACAAGACUUCGAUAUUCGGACUAUCCUGGACUGGGACUACUACCUUGAGCGGCUGGGGAGUGCCAUACAGAAGAUCAUCACGAUUCCUGCAGCUCUGCAACAGGUGAAGAACCCAGUGCCUCGGGUCAAACACCCCGACUGGCUACACAAAAAGCUGCUGGAGAAGAGUGACAUCUACAAGCAGAAAAAGAUCAGCGAGUUAUUUGUCCUCGAGGGCAAGAGACAGGUCACGAUGAACCAGGCUCCGGACGACAUUCAGAGCCGCGGCACCCCUGACAUGGAGGACUUCGGCUUCACAAAGCCUCUGCGCCCAGCCGUGCCCGUGGCUACAAAAAGGAAGCGCAUCCUCUGGGAGAGCCAGGAGGAGCCCCAGGACCUGGAGCUCACUGUGCCCUGGCAGGACGUCCUGGGGCAGCCUCCUGCCCUUGGUACCACCAAGGAAGAGUGGCUGGUCUGGCUCCGUUUCCACAAGAAGAAGUGGCAGCUGCAAGCCCAACAGCGGCUUGAGCGCAGAAAGAGGCGGUGUCUGCAGACUGCAGAGGGUGGACCACGGGCCGGGGCGAUCCGAGACGGGCUCACUGCGGGGCUGGGGAGCUUCCUGCGCAGAACGGCCCGCAGUGUCCUGGACCUUCCCUGGCAGAUUGUGCAGAUCAGCGAGACCUGCCAGGCCGGCCUGUUCCGGCUGUGGGCUGUCAUCGGCAGUGACUUGCACUGCAUCAAGCUGAACAUCCCACGCGUGUUCUAUGUCAACCAGCGGGUGGCGAAAGCAGAAGAAGGGCCUUCGUAUCGCAAGGUGAAUCGCGUCCUCCCUCGCUCCAACGUGGUCCACAACCUGUACGAGUACUCAGUGCCCGAGGACAUGUACCAGGAGCACAUCAACGAGAUCAACACUGAGCUGUCGGCUCCAGACGUCGAGGGUGUGUAUGAGACUCAGGUGCCGCUGUUGUUCCGGGCCCUCGUGCACCUUGGCUGUGUGUGUGUGGUCAGCAGACAGCUGGCGAGACGCCUUUCAGGCCUGGAGAUGGAGACCUUUGCUCUGGAGCACCUGGAAAUGCGGUCCCUGGCCCAGUUUAGCUACCUGGAACCAGGGAGUAUCCGCCACAUCUACCUGUACCAUCACUCGCAGGGCCACAAAGCGCUGUUUGGUGUCUUCAUUCCCUCCCAGAGGAGAGCAUCUGUGUUUGUGCUGGAUACGGUGCGAAGUAACCAGAUGCCCAGCCUGAGCAGCACGUACUCCUCAGAGCACAGCCUCCUGCUGCAGAAAGUGGGUCCCGAGCUCCUCCCUCCCCCCAAACACAGUUUUGAGGUUCGCGCUGAAACUGACUUGAAGACCAUCUGCAGAGCCGUCCAGCGCUUCCUGCUGUCCUACAAGGAAGAGCGCCGCGGCCCCACACUCAUUGCUGUUCAGUCCACCUGGGAGCUGAAGAGGCUGGCCGCAGAGAUUCCCGUCCUGGAGGAGUUCCCCCUGGUGCCUGUCCACGUGGCCGACAGGGUCAGCUACAGCGUCCUGGACUGGCAGCGCCACGGAGCCCGACGCAUGAUCCAGCACUACCUCCACCUGGACACCUGCCUGUCCCAGGCCUUUGAGAUGAGCAGGUAUUUCCACAUUCCUGUUGGGAAUCUGCCGGACGACAUCUCCACCUUUGGCUCUGACCUCUUCUUUGCCCGCCACCUGCAGCGCCACAACCACCUGCUCUGGCUCUCCCCCACACCCCGCCCCGACUUGGGCGGGAAGGAGGCCGACGACAACCGUCUGGUCAUGGAGUUCGAUGACCAGGCCACCGUGGAAAUCAACAGCCCAGGCUGCUACUCCACAGUGUGUGUGGAGCUGGACCUCCAGAACCUUGCCGUCAGCACCAUCAUGCAGUCACACCACGUCAACGACAUGGAGGGGGCGGACAGCGUGGGCAUCAGCUUCGACGUCAUCCAGCAGGCGUCCCUGGAGGACAUGAUCACGGGCAACCAGGCCUCCAGUGUCCCCGCCAGCUAUGACGAGACGGCGCUCUGCUCCAACACCUUCAGAAUCCUGAAGAGCAUGGUGCUGGGCUGGGUGAGGGAGAUAACCCAGUACCACAACGCCUAUGCCGACAACCAGGUGGUGCAUUUCUACCGCUGGCUCCGGUCGCCGGCGUCACUGCUGCACGACCCUGCACUGCACCGGACGCUGCACAGCAUGAUGAAGAAGCUCUUCCUGCAGCUCAUCACCGAGUUCAAGCGCCUGGGGUCAUCGGUUGUGUACGCUAACUUCAACCGCAUCAUCCUCUGCACAAAGAAGCGCCGGAUUGGAGAUGCCGUGGCCUACGUGGAGUACAUCACCAACAGCAUUCAUUCCAAGGAUAUCUUCCAUUCCUUGACAAUUUCUUUCUCUCGAUGCUGGGAAUUUCUUCUCUGGAUGGAUCCGUCUAACUAUGGGGGAAUCAAAGGAAAGGUUUCAUCGAGUAUUUACUGCGGACAGGACACCCCUGCUGGGGAGCGAGCCGAGGGCGAGCAGGACGAGGAGGAGGAACAGGACGAGGAGGGGGAGCAGGAUGAGGAGCAGGACCAGGAGGGCCUGCAGGAAUCCAGAGUGGAGGAUUUACUGGAAAACAACUGGAAUAUUCUGCAGUUUCUGCCGCAGGCAGCCUCCUGCCAAAGCUACUUUCUCAUGAUUGUGUCAGCCUACAUCGUGGCCGUGUACCACAGCAUGCAGGAGGAGCUGCGGCGCAGCGGCCCGGGCGGCACCCCCGUGGGGAGGAGAGGGCCCAGCCGGUCCACCCAGGAGGCCGAGGGAGCAGCCGGCGCCCUUCCCGGAAUGAUCACCUUCUCUCAGGAGUACGUGGCAAAUGAGCUCACCCAAAACUUCUUCACCAUUACCCAGAAGAUUCAGAAGAAAGUCACAGGCUCUCGUAACUCAGCUGAGCUCUCGGAGCUGUUCCCUCGCCUCCCGGGUUCACACUUGCUGCUCAGUAACCCUGCGCUGGAGUUCAUAAAGUCUGUGUGCAAGGUGCUGUCUCUGGACACGAACAUCACAAACCAGGUGAACAAGCUGCACCGCGACCUGCUUCGCCUGGUCGACGUUGGCGAGUUCUCGGAGGAGGCUCAGUUCCGAGACCCCUGCCGCUCGUACGUGCUCCCUGAGAUCAUCUGCCGCAGCUGUAACUUCUGCCGGGACCUGGACCUGUGCAAAGACUCCGCCUUCUCUCAGGAUGGGGCUGCACUGCGUCAGUGGUUCUGCCCCAACUGCGGGGCCGCCUACGACUCCAGCAUCAUCGAGACUGCCCUGGUGGAGGCCCUGCAGAGGAAGCUGAUGGCCUUCACGCUGCAGGACCUGGUCUGCCUCAAGUGCAGGGGUGUGAAGGAGGCCCAUAUGCCUGUCUUCUGCAGCUGUGCGGGGGACUUCGCCCUCACCAUCCCUGGCCAGGUCUUCAUGGAACACAUUGGAAUCUUCCGGAACAUUGCCCAGCACUACGGCAUGUCUUACCUCUUGGAGACUCUGGAGUGGCUGCUGCAGAAGAACCCGCAGUUUGGCCGCUAGCCUGCCCAUGGCCCGAGGCCGGGCAUCCUCCGUCCCCAGCCACGUCAGCCAGUCCGAGGGGAGCGGCUCCUCUGGUGGACCAGGCCACUGGCCGUCCGAUUUUCUGAACUAGCAGCCCAGGUCCAGAGAAGAGGGGGCAGGCCGAGGAAAACAGGUUCUCCAGGAGCUUUCAGGUGGAAGCGUGUGGAAGCGUGAGCAGGCGGGCAGGAAAGGGCCCCUCUCCUGGGCCUUCCGUGGGCAGAUGCUGCCAACCACGUCGGAGGAUGUGGGUGGCCCCGGGUGCCUUCUCCUGGAAUAAACACACUGUACCACCC